AUGUCCAGCAGCACCAGUGCCCCUGGCCAGAGGAGAGUGUCUCGGGGCUUGGACGAUGCCACCAACAAGAAGAAGCAGAAGGAUCGAGCCAACCAGGAGAGCAAGGAAGUGUCUCACCCUGAGCUCGAGCAGGCUGAGACUGCCCAGCAGAAGGACUUGGAGGAGGAGCUGCUGCUGGACUGGAAGCAGAACGCUGAUGAGAUCAUCGUCAAGCUGAACUUGGGCAGUGGAGCUCUGAAGGUGGAGGAUGUGGAUGCUGCUUUCACCGAUACGGACUGUGUGGUCAAACUACCAGACGGGCGCCAGUGGAGCUGUCAGUUCUACGAGGAGAUCGAGAGCUCCUGCAGCAAGGUCCAGUGCAAGAAGGGCAACUUCCUACAGCUUGUGCUCCAGAAGAAGAUCCCACUCCAUAACUGGUCUUCGCUUCUGAAGAGAAGGAAAGAUGGAUCUAAAGAGGUGGCCAAAGGGGCCACGUGCUGGGAGAACGGGAAGGAGAAGGCUGCUUCUGCAGAGCUGGCCCCUGAAGAGCCAAAGCCUGAAGGUCCAGAGCCACCGAGGUCCCGGCGGGAGCCCUCCAACCCCAAGCGCGCUCCGGGAAGAAGCGAGGCCCUGGGAGGGAAAAGCCCAGCCAGCCCAGGGACGCAGAGCGGCCCCAGCGCCAAGCGGGCUGUGUACCUCAAACCGGCCCCCGCUGUGGUUUUGGCCAAGGAGACUGUUCCCGUGGAGAUGCCACCUCUCAUGGCUACCACCGAGGUGUUCCCCCACCGUGUUGCCCCCUGUGUGGAGAAGAGGGUCCUGCAGCCAGCCAGCCCUGCUGAGGCCUUGCGGGGCCGAGACUGCACACCUGCCCUGGGAGAGAGCUCUAAGGCCGUCACAGCGGCCACCCCUCCCCUGGGCAGAGACAAUGAGAAGAGGGACUGGUCCAAGGAUGAUGUGGCUCUGGAAGCAGCAGCUGAUGAGCCAGAGCCUUUUGUGAGCCUGUCCUUUGUCAAGAAUGACUCAUACGAGAAGGGCAAUGACCUGGUGGUAGUGCAUGUCUAUGUGAAAGAGAUCCACAAGGAGACAUCCAAGGUGUUGUUCCGGGAGCAAGACUUCACGCUGGUGUUCCAGACGAGCGACACAAACUUCCUUCGCCUCCAUCCUGGCUGUGGGCCCCACACAGUGUUCCGGUGGCAGGUGAAGCUCAGGAACCUUAUUGAGCCGGACCAGUGCACGUACAACUUCACGGUGUCUCGCAUCGACGUCUGCCUGAAGAAACGCCAGAGCCAGCGCUGGGGCGGGCUGGAGGCCCCAGCCACACGAGGUGCAGUGGGUGGUGCAAAGGUUGCCAUGCCUACAGGCCCUACCCCUCUGGACAAGAAACCCCCGGGCAGUAACCAGCACCCCCUGUCCAGCAAGGGGGAGGCCCGAGCCAGUGACAAAGAGAAGCCACGUGUGGAAGAUGGGGGUCUGGAUGGUGUGGCAGCCCGUACGGCCCCAGAGCAUGUGGCAGUGAAGCAAGAGCCGCACAUCCCCUCGCCCAAACCGACGUGCAUGGUGCCGCCAAUGACGCACAGCCCCGUGAGCACUGAGAGUGUGGAGGAUGAUGAGGAUGAAGACGAGAAGAAGAAGGUGUGCCUGCCUGGCUUCACGGGACUGGUGAACCUGGGCAACACCUGCUUCAUGAACAGCGUCAUCCAGUCCCUGUCCAACACCCGGGAGCUCCGCGACUACUUCCAUGAUCGGUCCUUCGAGUCAGAAAUCAACUACAACAACCCGCUGGGGACGGGGGGACGCCUGGCCAUCGGCUUUGCCAUGCUGCUGCGGGCACUGUGGAAGGGCACGCACCACGCCUUCCAGCCCUCUAAACUGAAGGCAAUUGUGGCCAGCAAGGCCAGCCAGUUCACUGGCUAUGCCCAGCACGAUGCUCAGGAGUUCAUGGCCUUCCUGCUUGAUGGCCUGCACGAGGACCUCAACCGCAUCCAGAACAAGCCCUACACAGAAACUGUUGACUCAGAUGGGAGGCCUGAUGAGGUAGUAGCUGAGGAGGCCUGGCAGCGACACAAGAUGAGGAACGACUCUUUUAUUGUGGACCUAUUCCAGGGCCAGUACAAAUCCAAGCUGGUGUGCCCAGUGUGUUCCAAGGUGUCCAUCACCUUUGACCCCUUCCUGUACCUCCCUGUGCCCCUCCCACAGAAGCAGAAGGUGCUGACUGUCUACUACUUUGCAAAGGAGCCACACAAGAAACCCAUCAAGUUUCUCGUGAGUAUCAGCAAGGAGAACUCCAGUGCCAUGGAGGUACUUGACUCGGUGGCCCACAGCGUGCGUGUGAAGCCAGAGAACCUGCGCCUGGCAGAG